AUGAUUACAAUGUCAUCCGCUUCAUUUAGUGAUAUUUAUUUCAGAUACGAAGAUUAUAUGUUAUACAAAGAUAUUAUGGACACUAGAAGUUCUAAAGGAUCAGUUAAUACAGAUGAUAUUGAUAAGUUUUUGCAAAUCCAAAAAAAUAUGGGUGUUAUGAAAGCAACUAUAGAAGCCUAUUGUAUGAAAAUAAAAGCAUAUUUUGAGUAUAUUAAUACGAACUAUUCAAGUAAUAGCAAUAAAUAUUGUAAUUAUGUUAAGUACUGGAUAAAAAAACAAGAUGAUGAAGCGCUUAAUAUUGGUGUUCUACCUAUAUCUACGUAUUUAAAAGAUUACGUUAAUGAAUAUAGUUCUCUUGCAAAAGAAAUGGGAUGUACAUUAGAUAUAGGAGAUACUUCUAAUAACAUACAUGAAAAAAAAGUAAAGUUAUAUAAUAUAUAUGAUUAUUACUCGAGUUUAGUCCUUUUAAUCACAUCUAGCAUCAGUGAAGGUCUAUGUGUUUAUGUUCAAAAUAUAAUUAAUCUGUAUAAUGAUCUCUUAAGUAUCAUUAUAGAAACCCCCGAUGAGCCAUUGCUUAUUGAAUUAAAUAAAAUUAGAUGUUUGAUUGAAAAGAAUAAAUUGAAAUCAAAAGUCAAAUGCAGCAGAGAAUUACCUGAAUUAUCAGAUUAUGGUAAUCAUCAAGAUUAUAAAGAAAGAUGCAAAGAACUAAUACAAUCAGAAAGAAUACAAGACCAAACAAUACAUGCUAAAGGGAAUUCUGUUGACAGUUUUUCUGCUUUUAAUACAUCUAAAAAAGUUAUAAUAAUAACAAUACUCAUUACUACAAUUAUAGGUGCAAUGUUUCUAUAUCUGUAUAAGUUUAAAGAAUCUUGGAAGAAUUUACGCCUUCGUAUUCAAAGAAUGAUAAGAAAGACAAUUAAUAUAAACGACGAACGAUGCGAAUAUAUAAUAUGUAAAUCUGAAAAUCAUAUUGCAGAUGCUGAAGAAAAAAAUUAUAAUAUAAUAUAUUUUUCUGGAAAAUAA